CCUGCAGCCCCGUCACAGAGGACAUCAAAAGGUGUACAUGAGAAUAAAUGCUGGAGGAAAGCAGCGGGAACACAAACUCCUGCAGAGGCUCACACCGGUCAGGGGUCAACAAUACGACUGGAUCCAGAACUUUCUUUGUCUCCAGAAAAACUGACCCCAAUUUCAAUUAGCGUUUGGAUUAAGAUGCUCAGAGAUUACAAUAAUUUUGCCUCAGCUCGUGCAUAGAGAACCCCAGAGGGCAUAUAAUAGAAAGCUGCAGAGUGUCUUUUUUUCUCCCAUGGCGAGAAUUUGGGUCUUUCCACCAGGAACCAACUGCAGCUUCAGGACUUUGCUCUUGCUGUUUUCCAUCCUGCUGCUCCAGGCGCUCUGUGGACAGAGCAGCCCAAUCUCCAACACUCAUCAGAGGUAUCGCCCCGCUCCGGGGUUGGGCGACGGGCAUGGAGGGGUGGUGGACCCUUCACUGCUGGAGCAGGACGACAACAUGGACGUGCAGAGCUUGCUGGAGAGCCUGAAGGAACAGUUUCUGCAGACGUUCAACCUGUCUGGAUUGGGUCCCCCGCCGCUGCCUCCUGAAGGCACACGAGAAGAGCCACCGGAGUACAUGAUGGAGCUCUACAACCGGUUCGCUAAUGAUCGUACCGCCAUGCCCACCGCCAACAUCAUCCGCAGCUUAAACAAUGAAGAUUAUUCUCCCAGCGUUGUGGGUGUUGGAGGGGUGAGGCGUCACCCACUCCUCUUCAAUGUGACAAUCCCCCAUCAUGAACGCGUCACAGAAGCCGAGCUUCGCCUCUACACACUUGUCCAGACUGACCGCCACCUCUACACUGGUGUCGACCGCAAGGUCACCAUCUACGAAAUGGAAUUGCAUGUCGGAGAUGACAACGUGACCGAAGAGAACACUGUGCGAGGCGCUGGAUUCAGAGGGGGAGGAGAGAGGAUAGAGCUGGUGGAGUUGGCUUCACGCCAGGUCUACGGCACCGAUAACGGAUGGGAGGCCUUUGACCUCACUGCUGCCGUUCAACGCUGGCACAAAUCUGACCAUGGCUCCACGCACCGGUUGGAAGUGCAUGUUGCCAGCAUGGCUAAUGAAGACAAUGCUCAAGGUAUGAAAGAGGACAACAAAGACGAGAACCCACCUGCAGGAGACAUGAAGAUCGACACCAGCCCUGAGGAAAAACACAAACCUCUGCUGAUUGUUUUCUCUGACGACCAAAGUCGCGAUCACCGCGAUGACAAGCGUGAGCUGAAUGAGAUGAUCGACCACGAAACCUCCAACAUGGUUCUCCAAAAUGACUUGGGGAUGGGCCUCAAUGGGCUGUGGGGGGAGCUGGGGAGGGACCGGGAUGAGGUGGCUGAGGAAGCGCAGCCAGAUGAAGAGGACCUCAUCCAAAUGCGCUCCAAUCUGAUCUAUGAGACAGCAUCCCGCAUCCGUCGCAAUGCCAAGGGGAACCACUGCAAGAAACAAUCCCUGUACGUAGAGUUCAAGGAUAUUGGUUGGGACAGUUGGAUCUUAGCACCCGCUGGCUAUGACGCCUUCGAGUGCGCUGGCAUUUGUACCUUCCCACUGACAAAGCAUGUCACACCCACCAAGCAUGCCAUCGUCCAGACAUUGAUCAACAUCAACAGUCCUCAGAAGGCGGCACAAGCUUGUUGCGUGCCCACCAAACUGGACCCCAUCUCCCUGCUGUACUUGGAUGAGACAGGCGUGGUCACCUACAAGUAUAAGUUUGAAGGCAUGGUGGUGGCAGAGUGUGGCUGCAGAUAGUCCAUGUUUUAAGAGAGUUUAACUCUUCGUAAAGUCUUACAAUAAGAGGGAAAAACAGAACCAACAGUAAGCUGCAAAAGGAGGUUGGAAUCUCUGUAAAAGUUACUCAGUGAGAUUCAGAAAAGGGAAAGACAGUGUGCUGCAGAUUUACAGUCAACAAUGGUGAUGCCAAGGUGUUUCCGUAAAUCCACAAGAAGGAAACAAGACUUCCCAAAGGACCAAACCAGGCUCAUCCUACAGUGUGUGCGGCCUGGUGGGAACCAGUGGGCCAGUCAUCCCCCUCCCUUUCCUUCCCCCUGACAUCUGUCUUCCUCUCCACUUAUCUCUGGCUUCCCCACUGGAUGCAAACACUAAUCAGCACUUCAUGUGUCCUGGCGCAGUGAAAUGACCCCCAAGAGGCAACCUGACAAGACAUGAACUCUCCAGGCCCACCUCCUGCCUCCUGCAGCCUCCUGAUACGUUGGCGCUGUGCAGGGGUCCGAUGUGGCAGGGUUAUCUUUCCCAAUCCCGUUUCCAACUUCACAUGCCUCUCUUCCACUCCCCCAAGCUACAUUGAUAGCAAGGUGUGGGGGUUUGAGAAACAUGUAUGCCACCUCCUCAGACUCGGAGAACUGGACUGCAGUUUUCCGGGGUGGUGGGAUGGGGGAGUGGGACAGGACCAGGGGGCAGGGGCUGUCCACAUUCCAAAGCAACAAACUAUCUUAACUGACUUAACUUGCUGACCUAAGCACCAUGCUUCCUUAACAUAUCUCCAACUCCUCAGUUCAGCCAUCUGUCACUCUUAUGGUAAAAAUGGCCUUUCUGGACAGUUAUCAUCUGACGGCCAAACUCGAGAGUUGAAAAGGGGGCACUUUGUCACACUUUGUCACAUUCCCUUCAUGGAUACAACCCAAAGGAAACACAAAGACAGAAAUGCAGUUUGUUUGUUGAAAAGCCUUUUGAUACCUCUGCUGCUUGUGUCAAAUAAAACACUAUUUAUUGUU